AUGGCCGCACCUUCUAUCUAUCGUCCCCAAAUUCUGGAGCAGCUCCUCGCCUGCAAGAGCAUCUACUUGCCUCAAAUUCGCUGCUCGUUGCCAUUGCAGUGCCACCCAGACUACGCCUCCGUCUCCAAACAGGCGAACGAUUGGGCCUUCCGCUUCCUCAAGAUCAAUGCCACCAAUGCCGCUGCCGAUAAGAAAUACUUCACCCAGUGGAGGAUGCCACUCUACGGCACCUUUGUUGUGCCUUGGGGCGACUCCAGGCACGCUCUAGCGGCCGCCAAGUACACCUGGCUUAUCACCAUUCUCGACGAUGCGGUCGACGAGGAGCCUUCGCAGCGGGACGAGAUCCUGGAAGCUUACAUGAGCCUUGCCUCCGGUCAAAGAUCCAUCGCCCAAGUUCCCAACAAGCCCGUGCUCGUCGCCCAAGCCGAGCUCAUCCCGGAUCUGCAGAAGCUCAUGUCGCCGCUCCUCUUCCAGCGGCUGCUCGUCUCGUACAGGAAAUUUGUUGGCUGCUACUCGGCCAAAGUCGACGAGGAGGAGUUCACGAAAGAGUCUUACGCUGUGCAUCGCCGGGAGGACUACGUUGUCAAGCCGAUGCUUAACUUCACGCAGAUGUGCCUGGGAGUCGAGCUGAGAGACAAGGAUCUGGAAAGCGAGGAGUACCUGCGGGCGAUAGAUGCCAUGUUUGAUCAUAUGUGGCUGGUGAACGACAUCUUUUCAUUCCCAAAGGAGCUGAGGAAGAAAACUUUCAAGAACAUAAUUUUUCUCUUGCUCUUCACGGACCACACCGUUCGCUCUGUUCAACAGGCAGUCGAUAAGGCGAACGCCAUGAUUCAGGAAAAAGAACAAGAAUUCAUGUAUUACCAUGAGAUCCUGACGAGGAAAGCGAUGGAAUCUGGCAACCACGACUUUCUGGCGUACCUUAGAGCGAUUCCGGCAUUCAUCCCUGGAAAUCUACGUUGGCACUACCUCGCAGCUCGGUACCACGGUGUUGAUAAUCCAUUUGUAACAGGAGAGCCAUCCAGUGGGACUUGGUUGUUUCAUGAUACGCAGACUAUCAUACUCCCCGAGUACAAACCAACUCAUCCCCAUCUGCAAGUCUGA